GGGAUGUGUCCUUUCAGCAGUUUGGGGUUCGUGGUGAUUUCCCUGUGCUGUCGGUUGGGGCGUUCCUGCGGGCGGGCAGGUGCAGGUGCCCUUGUGCCCAGAUUUCAGUGUGGCCUCACAGGACACUUCCUAUGUUUGGUUUUUCUGUGGCUGUGGGGAGAUUCCGCCCCGCAUCUGAGUCUCCCCACGUGGGGCAUUUCCAGAUGUGUGAAAAGCAGGAGGUGGGAGCAGAUCUCCAUCAAGCGAGCAGGAUUUUGGGUUUGGCACAGCUGGAGUUGUGCCAGUGCUGAACGAGGCUAUGAUCCCUACAACCCUGAGCUGCCCAGGCCCUCGCUGGAGGUGGAGGAUGGCUUUCUGGCUGACAUUACAGAUGUCACACCUGGAAUUCUGGAGCUGGAGCUGGUCAACAAGGCCAUUGAGGCAGUGAAGAACGAAGUGGAGAGGGAGCAGAAGAAGUACGAGGAGCUGCUGGAAACCACAAAGGAGUUUGGUGCUUCAGAGGGCUCCUCACUCAUUUCAAACACACCCGUGUCAGCUGCUGGGCCUCAGAAUGAGUCCUUUGCCUCCUUGGAGUAUAAUCCAGGGAGUUACAACUUCAACAAUAACUCAGACUACAACCCCACUCCUCUGGCUGCUGCUGGCCGCUCCAGUAAAUACACUUUGGAUUCCUCCCGCUCCAAGGGGAGCUCACUGGAGUACGUCCCCAAGGCUGUGGUGCAGAAUAAAAAAUACAGCAGCACUGUCACUAACAACAAAUAUGUGAUCGACGACUCCAAGCCUUCCACAGACUUGGAAUAUGACCCCCUUUCCAAUUACUCUGCCAGGCUGUUGGGCAAAGCCACAACCAAGGGGUCCAAAAGGGAAAGGGCCUCUGAUUAUGAGGACUCCUACUCUCCAUCACGGAAGAAGCUCUGUGAAGAUCCUGAUGAUGACGAGGUGUUGGCCAGGUUCUCCUCCUCUGAAGAUGAGGCUGAGGUGGAAUAUAAAACAGCUUCUGGUAGUUCACCCUCAAAAGCUGGUUCUGAGAGUGAGUCAAACGAGUUCUCCAGCAAAGAGCAGAGCACAAAAGUGGAUGGCUCUGCUUCCCAGGAGAGCAAAGAAGCAGCAAAGCACAGGGAGGACCUUCCAAAUUCACAGAAAACCCUUGUCAAGAACUCAGCAGACAAGAACUCAAAGGCAGCGAAGUUGUGUUCUGGUAAGAACAACAAGGAGAUUGAAUAUAAAAACAAAGACUCCAAAGACAAAACAAAAAAGAAGAAAACUGAUGUUAGUAAAGCACCAGGCCUCAGUGAGGCUGGGAAGAAGGAGAAAAAUAAAAAUGCAGACAAAGACAAAGUGGUCAAGAAAGAAGAAAAAUUAAAAACCAAGAAUGAAGAGAAAAACUGCAAAGACAAAAGCGUCAAAGUGAAAACAGAUGGGAACUUGAAGAAACCUGAAAAACAGAAGUCAGAAAAAGUGGAUGGGUGUAAGAAAGAAAAAUCCAAGUCCAGCAGCAGCAGUUCAGGAAAAAGCAAGAGCGAGGGUGUCUCCAAGGGCACAGAGAAAGUGGGGAGCAGCAAGAAGGAUCCGCAGAGCAAAACCGCUGGUGUGAAAAAUGGCAAGGAAAGCUCUGGUCAUAAAAACAAGGAGAAAGGGACCAAGAGCUCCCUGGAGCGCAAGAAGGACAAGGUCAGUUGUGCAGGACAAGGAGACCCCAAGAAGGGUCGGAAGCAGCAGAGUUUGAGUCACGUGGACCUGUUUGGAGAUGAGAGUGGAGAUGAGGAUGACAAAGGCCGGCCUUUGUCCUCCUCGUUGUUUGAUGUGAGCUCGGACUUGGAUGGGGCUGACUCUGGCUCAGCCUCUGACAGUGACAGGGACAGGACAAAGAAGGUGAAGCGCUCCAAGCUGUCCAAGUCAUCAUCAUCUUCCUCAACAUCUGAUGACAUUGAUUAUUCCAUCCUUGAGAAAGAUGUGGACUUUGAGUCAGAUCCCAUGGAGGAGUGUCUCAGGAUCUUUAAUGAAUCUAAAGAUGUGAAAACUGAAGACAAGGGAAGGCUGGGCAAACAGCCAUCCAAAGAAGAAACAAAUGAAGAAAAGACAGAAGAUAAUUUAACUACCUUGUUUCCUGGCCAAAAAAGAAGGAUCUCUCAUCUUGUCAAACAAGGAAAUGCAGAGGCCCCGAGCAAGCCGGUGGUGCGGCCCUACCGUCCCCCCACGGCCCAGGAGGUGUGUUACCAGAGGAUCCAGCUGGCUCAGCAGCAGGCAGCACAGCUGGUUGGGGCUGUUCAAAAGACCUCUCUCUGUUUGCCAGGAGAAAAGAGGAGGAUUGCUCACGUGCCAAAUGCAGCCCUCACCGCAGCAGCCAAGCAAAGCCUCAGGAGCAGUAAGGCGGCUGUUGGUGGCAGGAGUGUCACACCUUCCAAUGACUCUGAAGCCCCCACCCCUCCUCUGAAGCCUUGCACCUUGGCUGGGAUGGCUUCCAAGACCACCAGCACCAUCGUGCCCAAAAGGGUAGCACACGUUCCCUCCUUACAGAGCACCACUUUACAGAGGCCUGUUAUUCCCACAGAAUUUGGUGCUAAAGUCCCAACCAACAUUCGUCAGAGGUAUCUCAAUCUCUUCAUUGAUGAGUGCCUGAAAUUCUGCUCCUCCUCCCAGGAAGCCUUCGACAAGGCCCUGGCAGAGGAGAAGGUGGCCUACGAGCGCAGCACCAGUCGCAACAUCUACCUGAACGUGGCCGUGAACACCCUGAAGAAGCUCCGCAGCCUCGUGCCCAACUCCCCAGCCAGCACCAACAAGACAAGUAACAAGAAGGUGGUGUCCCACGAGGCUGUGCUGGGAGGGAAGCUUGCUGCCAAGACCAGCUUCACUCUGAACCGCUCAGGGAGCCUGAGAGCCGAGGAUCUGACAGGAGCUGCCCUGUACCGGCGCCUCAAGGAGUACCUGAUGACUGAGGAGCAGCUCAAGGAGAACGGGUACCCAAUGCCUCACCCCGAGAAGGCUGGACGGGCUGUGCUCUUCACUGCAGAGGAGAAGAAAGUGAUUGACUCCUCGUGCAGGAUCUGCUGUCGCUGUGGCACCGAGUACAUGGUGUCAGCCUCGGGGAGCUGCAUCCGCAAGGAGGAGUGCGUGCACCACUGGGGGCGGCUGCGCAAGCAGAGAGUGCCAGGUGGGUGGGAAACUCACUACAGCUGCUGCUCCGGAGCUGUGGGGUCACCAGGCUGCCAGGUUGCUAAACAACACGUGCACGAUGGGCGCAAGGAGAGCCUGGAUGGCUUCGUGAAGACUUUUGAGAAGCUGCCCACGACUGAUGGCUACCCUGGGAUCUAUGCCUUAGACUGUGAAAUGUGCUACACUAAGCAAGGACUGGAGCUGACGAGAGUAACUGUGAUCAACUCCGAGCUGAAAGUGGUGUAUGACACCUUUGUCAAGCCUGACUCCAAGGUGGUGGAUUACAACACCAGGUUCUCAGGUGUGACAGAAGAGGACCUGGAGAACACGAGCAUCACCCUGCGGGACGUCCAAGCCGUCCUACUGAACAUGUUCAGUGCAGACACCAUCCUGAUAGGGCACAGCUUGGAAAGCGACUUAUUUGCACUAAAGCUGAUCCACGGCACUGUGGUGGACACAGCCAUCGUGUUCCCCCACCGCCUGGGGCUGCCCUACAAGCGGGCCCUGCGCACGCUGAUGGCCGACUACCUCAAACGCAUCAUCCAGGACAACGUGGAAGGACACGACUCCAGUGAGGAUGCCAGAGCCUGCAUGGAGCUGAUGGUGUGGAAGAUCAAAGAGGAUGCCAAGGUGAAGCGAUGACCUGCGUUGUGUCUCUGCUGUCCUCCUGCACCUCUGUGAAGAAGCAGUGCAAUAAAUGCCCACAGCCACUCUGUCCCCCCUGCCAGCAGCAUGUUCCUGCUCCCCAGCCAUCCCAGCAGGACUCCUGGAGUCACAGUGCAGCCCCCCUGCCCGGGUGGUGGCUCUCAGAUCCUCAGACUCCACCUGAGGCAUUCUCUGUGGUCCAAGCACUGCCUUUUGGGCCUGGCAAGGUGGUUUGGAGUAGCACAACCAGAACUUCUUGGUUCCUAGGAGAAGUUUGUUAGAGGUAGGUUGGAGAUGUGCAGAAGGAUGUUUCUGGUUCAGUUCAAGGUAGAUUGUUUACUUUUUUUUGUUUUUCCCAAAUGUAAGUUAAAUUGCCUCUGUACUCCAAAGCAGUGUUUGGAGAGGGGGGAGGUGGAAGAAGGUUGGGCAGGAAGCUGUGAGUGGAUUGUGUAGCUGGUGUGGGAAGCCAGAGCUGAGGAUCAAGCACUUGGGAAGAGAUCCUGGUGCAAUCCCACUGCAGAGCUGCAGAAGAGGGAGAGGAAUGAGGUGGGAUCUGGGAAGUGCCACCUGCUGUGCCCCAGGUGAUGUCCUUGCUGAGGGCUGGCUGGCACCUGGAUCUGCACUCAGUGCAAAGGGGGAAACCACGAGUGUCCCACCUGGCCCAGACCUCAGGGAGCCACGAGGCAGGACAGGGACAAACAGCUCCCAGGGCCAGAGAGAGCCUGCACCCCAUCACUGCAGGGUGGGACAAGGGUCCUUCCCUGGCCCUCAGCUUCCAGCAGGCCCCAGUGAGCUCGUGUUCAGGGAACGAGGUUUGGGGUGUGCAGGGAAGGUUGCACCUCAGGGGGGCCUCAGCAGAGUGCAGGACAAAGCAAUAGGGGAAAAUGCUUCAUUUCACCUCGUUUACAUGUUGGGAGUUCUGCAAAGGACCCAACUGUGUGUCUGGCACCUGGACUAAAGCAGCUGCUGGGUGUGACUCACUGGGGUGACUGGAUGGCACUGUGGGUCCCUCUGCCCAGCCCCUGCUGCUGGCUGGGGACAGCAGAGCUGAGGGGACAGACAUGGACCCCAUGUCUGCCAGCUGGGGUCAGGGAGCACUGCACCCCAGAGCAGUGACCCUCGCCCUCCCUGGCAGCUGAGUUGUGUCCCUUGCUGGCUGCUGUGUCCCUGUGUCCUGCAGGGCUGGCUCUGUCAGCCUGGGGACACUGGGGCAGAGCAGCUCCUGGGGUUUGGUUCCUGUCAGAGCCAGGUCCUGCUCACUCCUUUGUGCCCCUGCUGGGCUCAGGGUCUGGGGACAGCUGUGUGUCCCCUGCUUGUCCUGCUGAGCUGUCCCAGCCUGUGGGCAGGAGCUGGGCUGUGGUCAGGACAGGGAUGUCCUGCUCCAGCCCCUCACAGGGCCCAGUGACCUCUCUGCAUCCCAGUGCUGCCCUCGGAGGGAGGUGGCUUCCCUGGCAGGCUCUCCAGGAGCCACCAGGAGCAGUGGGGCUGUGCAGGCUCCUGCUGCUGCUGAGCCCAUCUGUGUUUCCCCUGGCAGCCAGUUCCUUACCCAGGUUUUGGGGAUGCAGCUCCCCCACUGCUCCACAUCCAGCUCUGCUCCUUCCCUGCCUUGGGGCUUCCACCCCAGGCAGCCUGGGGACACCUUGUGCUGUCCCUGUGUCCCACUGCCUGCAGGGAACAGUGCUGGUGCUGCCCGGGCUGUGGGAGACAGUUCAGUGCUUCCAGGUGUGGAGGGAAGGUUUGUUCCUGCUCCUGCCUCUUUCCCGUGUUCAUUCCCAUUGUUCUUCACCCCUGGCUGCAGCGGUGGAAUGUCCCUGGAGCAGCCCUGCAGGCUCAGACCUGGCUCUUGCCUCCUGCCCGUUCCUCAGCAGGCAGCCCCUGCUUCCCAGCCUUGCCUGGCACAGCCAAGCGUUGUGCCACGGGCACGGUGUGCUGUGCCUGCUCUGGGGCUGCUUGGCUCCCUCCCACUCCUGGGGCAGGGAUCCUGCCAGGCCAUGCACCCCCUCACUCCCCCUCCUUUCCCCACUCCAGCCCAAACUGAGGCUUUUGGGGUGGGGGGAGUUGCCUGUGCCAAGGGAUGUCCCUGGGAGAGUGGAACCAUACCCAGGCACACCGUGGGUGUGGUCAGAGCCAGUCCUGGCCCAGGGCUGCCAUCACCUCCCCCGGCACCAGAGGUUUGGUUGGGUUGUACAGAACGAUUGUAACCUGUAACUUUUUGUAAUUGUUUUUAAUAAAAGAGUGUUGACUAGAUGCACA